AUGAAUUUAUAUGAGAAUUCUAACAUAUUAAAGAAUAUAAAUCGUAUUAAAAAUAAUUUAUCAAUUAAACAACCUAAUGAAAAUUUAUAUGAACUACUAGAUAAGUUACUUAAACUUAAUUAUGUAAAUAUUAUUGACUUUGAAAACAGAAGGUUUAAUAAUGAUGUAAACACAGCUGUAUCUUUAGUAAGAACUAUUUGUAGAUUUUUAGAUUGGGAUUAUACUUAUAAUACUGUAAUAUUAGAAAAGCUAGACAUUAAAAACAAUCCUUAUCAUACCUAUAUAUUAGCAUCUUUGAGUGUUAGUGCUUAUUCUGAAUUAGGAUUGGUUAAGUCAGUUAAGAAUAUUUUUAAUGAAUUUGUCUUUAUAAUGGAUAAACCAUGUGAAGUUUCUUAUAUCUGUUAUGUUAUUCUUAAAACAAUCAGAAGUGAUAAAACAGGUGAAUUUUUAGAAUUUCAUAAAGACAAUAUUGAUCAAGAUCAUUUGAAAGUUCUAAAUGAAUUACUAAUUUAUUAG